AUGAUUCGAGAAAACUCUGCCGCUGUCUAUCUUGCUGCUUUAUCGUUGAAUGACAUUAUUGUUUUAAUAUUUGCACUAAACAGAGAUUUGUCACGUGUCUGGCAAAUUCAUGAGCAUUUAACACCUGGAUCAUGUGAAAUUCAGAAUAUACUAUCACCUGCUGUACAGUAUGCUUCGCCGUUAUUUGUUCUUGCUUUCACUGUGGAGAGAUGGCUAGCUAUAUGUAAGCCAUUUGCUAUUGAUCGAAUAUGUAGUCCACGCAGAGCAAUCUAUAUCUGUUUCUCAAUCAUCAUCGGGACAAUAUUAGUAUGUUCUGGACAUGCAUACAUAUUUGUUACUGAGACAAAUACAUGUAGUAAACGUCACAUAAACCCCCUAAUAAUAAGUGUAUAUUUAUCAUGUUUAGAAGCUGUAUUUGCCGGUGUUGUACCUUUACUGGUACUAAUUUUCAACUGUUUAGUUAUUAAGGAACUGGCAAGAGUUCAUCAAGCUAACAAACAACUAGCCCUUAUGUCUAAUCACUUAUCGUCUUCAACAUCACCACCAUCAACUUCCAUGGGCAUACAAAAAGAAUCACAGAAUAAAACAAACACUCAGCGUAGAAGCAAGAUGAAAUCGUGUUUUAAAAAUUUUUUUCAACAAAGAAUAUAUGUAGAUGUUCACGUCCACAAACGAACAGAAAACGAACAAAUGAGAAAUUAA